AUGAGCUCCGGCCUGGUCCCGCGGGACGGGACGCGCGACGAGCAAGACCCCAUGCUAGGCGUCAGAUCGUCGUCGGAGACUGACGUGGAGGAUCGCCUGCUUCCCGACUCAGCCGACUACAGCGAGAAGGGCCACUACCGACGCUAUGCGGGCCACAAGAAGACGUUUCGAUGGAUCAUGGUACUCACUUGCGUGUCUAUCCUGACACUCAUUCCUUUCAUUUUCGCCCAAUUCUUCAAUGUACAGACCAAGGACCGGCCGGCCGAACCGGCCCACGAUGAGGAUAAUCAUGAAGAAAGCCCCCCGCCGCCGCCGCCGCCACCACCACCACCGGCGGACCCAGUGCCGGAACUCACGACGACGAUAACGCCAACAACGACUUCGUCUCUUGUCCCUACGCAAACACCGCAAGUGAAUUUGACGCCUGAUCAGCAGUUUAAUCUGCAGACAGGAUUCCAGGUGUCGAAUGCGACGUCGAUGCGGGAGUAUGUGUUCAACAUCACGCGGCAGCAGCACUCGCCCGAUGGCUUUGAGAAGUCAAUGAUCCUCGUCAACGGACAAUCUCCCGGCCCUCUCAUUGAGGCAAACACGGGAGACACCAUCCGUGUCACGGUGCACAACCAGAUGUUGAAGGAGAGUACCACGAUUCACUGGCACGGCAUUGACCAGAGAAAGUCGGUCUGGAUGGACGGUGUCUUUGGCGUCAGCCAGUGUGCCAUUCCUGCCGGCGAGAGCUUCACUUACGAAUUCAAUGUCACCGACCAGCGGGGCACGUUCUGGUGGCACGCUCAUGUUUCAGUCCAAGUCACUGACGGACUCUUUGGGCCAUUGAUCAUCCACGAUCCGGAUGAAAAGAUACCCCCUGUGGAUGAUGACAAGAUUGUGAUGGUCGGAGAUCUCUUUCAUGAGUAUGGAGGCACUCUCCUCACCCAGUACCUAAGCGCCAAUCCACCUUGGGCCCCUAAGAAGCCCGGUAGAGAGCCUCCUCCUGACAAUGUCAUCAUCAAUGGCAAGAACACAUUCAACUGCUCCAGCAUUGAAGGCCAUGAUUCAAACAAGGCCAAGUCAGGCGAGGACCAUAGCGGCCACAACAUGGAGAACAUGGGAAGCCAUAACACCCCGAGAGAUGGUGCGCCUCCCUCCAAGUGCACAUGGGGUUCCCUCUUCAAUACACGGGUCAAGAGUGGCUCAACAGCUCGUUUGCGUCUCAUCAACCACGGCACAUCGACCCCCAUCUUUGUUACGAUUGACGACCACCCUCUGCAAAUCGUCGAGAUUGACGGCGUCGAGGUCGCUCCAAUCGCCACAUCCCGUGUGUAUAUGAAUCCCGGUCAACGCUACUCCGUCCUCGUCCACGCCAACCAGACUGCCGGAAACUACCUGAUUCGUGCCGACGCCGCGGUGCGGUGCUUCCACAUGUCCCACAAGAACCAUAAGGCGGGCAUGAUGCACGGCACACCUUUUGGGGCCACCGCCAUCCUAUCGUAUGACGAGACGGAUCUUGGCGUCCCGCCGAUUGGCAAGGCGUGGGAUCUUAACGCCAACUCGAACCCCGGCGUAGGCAAGGAGCCAUGGGGAGACAGGUGCGAGGAUUUGCCACACAACCUUCCAAAGCCUGUCAGAAGCAGGCCGGCCUACGACGUUGGCGACAGGAAUUACCAUUAUUUCACGUUCAAGCAGGAGCGCGUCAACGAUGUCGUUCGUACACACGUCAAUGAUACUCUGUAUACACCUUUGACCGACGAUGCCUCGCUAUGGAAGGUCAUGCAGCAGGACAUCACACCAGAGAACCUGAACUCGCCGCAGCCGAAACUAGACUUCGGAAAGGAUCAGUUCGUCUUGGUGUCCCGAGACGAUAAAGCUGCACAAAUCGUAGUCAACUCAGACGCUAUGAUGAACUUCCAAGUCAUUGGUUGGGGCAAUGGCCUUUUCGGAGCCAGCAAGACUACAUGGAACUUUGACAACCCAAUGCGCCGUGACACGAUCACAAUCCCAGGAUACUCACACCUGGUAAUCCGCAUAACAGCAGACAAUCCGGGUGUUUGGGCGUUCCAUUGCCAUUAUCUGUGGCACGCUGAAGCUGGUAUGUUCGUUUCCAUCGCUCAGCGAAUGGGCGAGCUCGCGGGCAUGCUGGGUACAUUGGACGCCAACGGUGAUGCCGGUGCCAUCAAGAAGAAAUUCUGCCCCAUGGCCAAGGCACAAUCUGGUGCUCCUCUCGCACAGCCCGUUAAGACUGGGGCGCCUAAACCGCCUCGGACCCUUUGA